AAAACGAUUCGUUUUAGCCCUCCUAAGCGAGCCCUCUUCUCCGUCGCUCACCGACUCACUCCGUCAUUUCAUCAAACACCUCCUCCGCCCUUUCGCGCCUCACUCUCUCUCUCUCUCUCUCUCUCUCUCUCUCUCUCCACAAAGCUAUGUUUCGAAGAUCAAUUUUGCAAAUUUCGUGUCGUCGUGGACUCAGGAAGAUUCCGAGGUCGAUUUCAAGUCAGCACAUUUCAAGAUUUCUGAGAAGGGAAUUCUCCGCCGCAGCGUCCAAAACUGCGCCUCAGCAACCUGGUGGUGCAGGCAGUUUGCCACCGCCGCCUCCGGAGAACGGCGGUUCGAGCGCCAAAGUUUUCCUUGGAAGUGCUGUUGUUGGUGCUGGGCUUGUGGGAGCUUACAAAACUGGGUAUCUAGACCUGAUUUUCGGUGCAAAAGAGAAGAGUGAUUUGCAUAAGGAAGCUGGGAUUGGUGUGGAGGAAAAACUUGUGGAAGAAGAAAAGCAUGAUGAAGAAAAAGCUGGCAAUUUUGAGCAGAAGAUUGAAACUCAUUCAGAUGUUGCUCAUGUUGAGGGUUUGAGUGGAAGAGAUGGUGAAGAACAUUCUCAGGUGGAUGAUAAUAAAUCUGAGAGUGACAUAACAAGUGAGAAAUCUUUGCCUGAGUUUUCCCCAAAUGCAAAUCUUGGGUUAUCAUCUGAAGGGAAUGUAGAUGCGAAGAGUACAGAGGAAAAAACUGGUGUGGAGAUAACUGAGGAGGUACAAACAUCGCCAAUAGUUUCGCAGACUAAUGCAGAUCAGCAGCAAGAAAAUGAAGUGAAAACAUUGCCGCAUCAACAGGAUAUCACAGAAGACAAGGCACAGGUUGCAUUAGGUAAUAAUGAAGAACCAUCAGGUUCUCUCCUCAAGACAUAUAAUCUGAGCGAUGAGGCUGAUGAAAGCAUCGCAACCAACUCUAACAAUGAAAACGAUCAAGUUUCUAAAGAAAAAGAGGCUCUCGUUGAUGCAAUUGAAGGGUUGAAUGAUGCUUACAUAUCCAAAGAUGGAAAGCUAGUUCUUGACUUCUUACAAGCCAUUCAUGCUGCUGAAAAAAGGCAAGCUGAGUUAGAUGCUCGUGUUUAUUCUGAAGAAAAGAGAACGUUAAAGGAGAAGUAUGAAAAGAAACUAAAGGAUGCUGGGGCCAGGGAACUCAUGCUUGCAGAAAAGGCAGCAAUGCUAGACAAGGAAUUAAAGAGAGAAAGAGCAAAAGCAGCUGCUGCACUCAAGUCACUUCAAGAAAAGCUUGAAGAGGAGUUUAAGACAGAACUUGAGCACAAGGAAAAUGAAGAAGAAAUGAAGUUGAAAAAGGUUGAGGAAUUAGCAAAAGCAGAACUGGCAGCAGCCAUUGCAAGUGAGAAGACAACCCAGAUUGAGAAAAUGGCAGAAGCAAAUCUUCAUAUAAAUGCCUUGUGUGUGGCAUUCUAUGCAAGAUCUGAAGAAGCUCGUCAGACUCACUCUGCUCACAAGCUUGCUUUGGGAGCACUUGCACUAGAAGAUGCACUUUCAAAAGGAUUACCAAUCCAGACAGAAAUAGAGGCUUUGCACACUUAUCUUGAAGGCAUUGAUAAAGAUUCAAUUUUAGAUUUGGUCCUAUCAUCUCUUCCUGAGGAAACACGAAGGAAUGGCACAGAUACCUUACUGCAAUUGAAUCAGAAGUUUGAUGCCUUGAAAGGGACAGUACGGCACCUCAGCUUAAUCCCUCUUGGUGGUGGCGGCAUUUUGGCACAUUCCUUGGCACAUAUAGCAUCCUGGUUGAAGGUAAAGGAAGUUGACCAAUCUGGGGAUGGAAUUGAAUCCAUAAUCAACAAGGUGGAGUCCUGCCUUGCUGGCGGGAAAAUAGCUGAAGCAGCAGAGGCACUUGAAGAAGGUGUGAAAGGCACCCAAGCAACAGAAGUAGUGCGCGAAUGGGUGAAGCGUGCUAGGAAUAGGGCUAUCACAGACCAAGCUCUUACACUUCUCCAAUCAUAUGCUACUUCUAUCAGUGUCACAUAAAAUCCACUUCUUGAGUACGCAUACUAAGGCUGCAUAAUUGAUAUACAUAAAGGUUCUUUGGUCUGGUCUUGUAGCUCCCGAUAAUUGCCUGGUCUACUUGAGUAGACAAACAAAUCAUAAUGUGUUACCGACAUUAUGAUUGAAAAUGUCACUUAAUUUUUUUGGGGGGGUUAAUGUCAUGGGAAGUUUCUGAGCAAUUGUAUUUUUCGCCUUGAGCUUGAGUAGAUUAUCUAUUACCCUCUUGAGUGGCAUAUUGUUUCAAAUGCUGCAAAAGAAUUUUGCAUGCUAUAAUGGCAUUAUAGGCUGUAGCACUGCUUCAGAACACAGUGACUAAAUUGGCCACCAUGAUAUAACACAGGGACUAUUUUUGCAUUUAA